AUGGCCACAGCAGACUUUCAUCACAAGCACGACGUCGUCGACGUCGAUCAGUACCACUCAUCCCCAUCCUCACAAGGCAGGACUAGCAUAAUAACCAGGUUCUUGACUGCCGGCGCUAUUGGCACCACGCUGGUAGGGCUGUCUGGGUUAACUUUAACCGGGACCGUGAUUGCUCUUAUCAUGGCCACCCCGGUUCUAGUGUUUUUCAGUCCGGUCCUAGUCCCGGCGGCGAUAGUCAUGUUCCUAAUAGCAGCUGGUUUUGUUUUCUCUGGCGGGUGUGGCGUGGCGGCGAUCACGGCGCUGACGUGGUUGUACAAGUAUGUAUCCGACUACAUCUCUACCGGGAGAAGGAAUUACACUUAUGACGGGUCUUACGCUAGCCGGGCUCAGUUUGGUCGACUAUGA